AUUCAUUCUGUUUUAUCAGCUCUUUCAAAACACCACAGGCAGUUAAUGCACCUUAUAAAGGACUCCUGACUUUUUGCAUCUUCCUAAGUCCUAUCUAGAUGCCACCAGUUUUUCCCAUGUUAACAGUUCUGAGCAUGUUUUACUACAUGUGCCUUCGGCGCCGAGCUAGGACAGCGACGAGAGGAGAAAUGAACAGUCGGAGGGCAAUUGAAUCGAACACCCGAGCCUUACCUAUCAAUGUUGAAAUAGUUCAGUAUGCCAAAGAAGUGUUGGAUUUCAGCUCUCACUAUGGUAGUGAGAACAGCAUGUCGUAUACCAUGUGGAAUUUAGCAGGUAUUCCAAACGUGUACCCUAGUUCUGGUGACUUUACCCAGACUGCYGUCUUUCGAACUUACGGGACCUGGUGGGAUCGUUGCCCGAGCGCUCGGCUGCCUUUCAAGAGGACACCGUCCACCUUCUGUAGCCAAGACUAUGUGGAACUCGCUUUUGAAGAACCAGUUUAUCCCACUGCAGUGCACAUUCUGGAAACCUAYCAUCCUGGAGCUGUAGUCAGGAUUUUGGCAUGCUCUGCAAAUCCUUACUCACAAAAUCCACCAGCUGAAGUAAGAUGGGAAGUACUUUGGUCGGAAGCACCUACAAAGGUGAAUGGUCCUCAGGCUCGGCAGUUCACACCUUGUAUCAAACAGAUAAACUUUCCCACAAACUUAAUCCGACUGGAAGUGAACAGCUCUCUUCUGGAUUAUUACACUGAAUUGGAUGCAGUAGUGCUACAUGGUGUGAAAGAGAGGCCUGUGCUUUCACUUAAGACUUCAAUGAUUGAUAUGAAUGAUAUAGAUGAAGAUGAAGAUGAAGAAAAGUUUGGCUGUGGAAUGGACACCCUUAAUAAACAGUUCAGCAUUGUUACCCUCAGGGAAUGGCCAACUAAUGGAUAUUUUGAUAAACUGCCUUAUGAGCUCAUCCAGUUGAUUUUGAGUCACCUUGCAGUACCAGACCUGUGUAGACUAGCACAAACUUGUAAGCUACUGUAUCAACAUUGCUGUGAUCCUCUACAGUACAUUCAUCUCAGUUUACAACCUUACUGGGCGAGGAUUAAUGACACAUCCCUGGAGUACCUACAGUCUCGCUGCACUCUCAUCCAGUGGCUGAAUUUAUCUUGGACUGGAAACAGGGGAGCCAUCUCUGUUUCUGGAUUUAGCAGGUUCUUGAAAGUCUGUGGCUCUGAACUAGUACGUCUUGAGUURUCUUGUGGCCAUUUCCUCAAUGAAACAUGCUUGGAGGUCAUCACUGAAAUGUGUCCAAAUCUUCAGGAAUUAAAUCUCUCAUCAUGUGAUAAAAUACCACCUCAGGCUUUCAACCACAUAGCCAAAGUGGGCAGCCUAAAGCGUCUCAUUCUCUACAGAACGAAAGUGGAGCAAACGGCCCUGCUCAGUAUUUUGAACUUCUGCUCGGAGCUGCAGCACCUCAGCCUGGGCAGCUGUGUGAUGAUUGAAGACUAUGACCUUAUAGCAAGCAUGAUGGGAGCAAAAUGCAAAAAACUUCGCAGUCUGGAUUUGUGGAGAUGUAAAAACAUAACUGAAAGUGGGAUUGCAGAAUUGGCUUCAGGCUGCCAGCUUUUGGAAGAACUUGAUCUUGGCUGGUGCCCUACACUACAGAGCAGUACAGGCUGCUUCACAAACCUUGCACGGAAACUMCCAAAUUUGCAGAAGCUCUUUCUUACCGCCAACAGGUCUGUGUGUGACACAGACAUCGAGGAGCUUGCUGCCAACUGCACACACUUAAGGCAACUGGAUAUAUUGGGAACGAGGAUGGUGAGCCCUGCAUCUUUAAGAAAAUUGCUGGAGUCUUGUAAAGAUCUUUCUUUACUUGAUGUGUCCUUCUGUUCACAGAUCGACAAUAGAGUUGUGCUAGAACUGAAUGCCAACUUUCCUAAUGUGUUCAUAAAAAAGAGUUUCACCCAGUGACUCCCUACAUAUGCUGCUGUGGAUCUCGUUUGACAGAGUUGUUUUCCUGUAAAUUUGUGCUCAUUUUCUUU